AGCUCUCAGCGCGGGGCAAGGGACGCCAUCACCACGCAGACAUGUCGGACGAAAUUGACGGCCCCGACAAGCUUAACGCUGCCCCUGGCGAGGCUGGGAACGCAGACGGGGACAACGAUGGAGGCUCAGGGCCGCCCAUGGCCAUGCGAGGGGGGCGCGGGGGGUUCAGGGGUCGAGGAAGAGGAUUUGGGCCAAUGGGGCCUAUGGGACCAAUGGGGCCAAUGGGACCAAUGGGACCAAGAGGGCCAGGAGGUCCUGGAGGUCCAGGAGGCCCAGGGCCUGGGGGUCCGAGAUUUAGGGGUCGAGGUGGGCCAGGGUUUCGCCCUCCCCCUCCAGGGUUCAGAGGCCCACCUCCAUUUGGGCCACGAGGGCCAAGAUUUGGUCCACGGGGCCCACCACCAUUUGAUCCCAACUGGGGACCAAUGCCACCUCCACCACCAGGCAUGGGAGGUCCUAUGGGUCCACCAGGCAUGCCCCCAAUGGGACCAAUGGGUCCAAUGGGCCCUAUGGGGCAUCCAGGGCCAUGGGGACCAAUGGGUCCUCCAGGGCCAGGUGGGCCACCAAACCAACAACCCAACCAGAAUCAACAAAAUUCCCUCGGAGGCAUGGACUUGAGUGGUGAGAUCUGGGUCGAGACAAAGACAAGUGAGGGAAAGUCAUACUACUACAAUGCCCGAACCAGAGAGACUACGUGGACAAAACCUGAAGGAGAUGGUGUGAAAAUUUUGACGCAGCAAGAGGUUGAAGCCAUGGCCCAAGCUGCUGGUGUAACACCCCCUAGUCAGGGUGGAGGGGGUGGUGGUGGGGCUCCAGCCUCUAGUGGCAACACAGGUGGCAGCAGUGGCGCUAACAACCAGGGCCCGGGAGGGGGAGGUGGCAGUGGCCCUCCUAAUCAAGAGAAUGGUGACAAAGAAGAUGGAGAUGAAGAAGGCUCAGGGGGAUGGCAGGGGCCUCAAGGACAGUGGGGACCUCCUGGUGUGGGUAUGGGACCACCCCCUGGUGGACCUCCAUUUGGAAUGCCCCCUGGUGGUCCAUUUCCUGGAGGACCUGGGGGGCCUCCUCCAUAUGGUGUCCCACCUGGACCACCAGGUUUUGGUCCUGGCCCUGGCCCUGGCUGGAAUGGUUACCCUGGCCAUGGGAUGCCCCCUGGCCCUCCAAUGGGUCCUCCAGGCUGGGGAAUGCCACCUCCAGGGAUGGGAAACAUGUCCCAGGGCAGCCUCAUGGGAGACCAACAACAGCAGCAGCAACAACAACAACAGCAGCAGCAGCAGCAACAGCAGCAACAACCACAGCAGCAACAGCCACAGCAGCAACAACCACAACAGCAGCAGCAGCCACCACACCAGCAGCAGCAGCAGCCCCCACAGCAGCAGCAACAGCAGCCUGGGGGCCAACAGCAACAGCAAGAACCAGAUUCGUUGUCAGGACCUGAAGUAAGCCAUUCAUUGCUUUACAAGGGGAGUAGCAAUGCCCCAGGGGGUAAUAGCAGCAAUGGUGGUGUCAGUGACAGCAUUUCAAGCACUGUGACAAGUGCUGUGGUGGUGGCAAGCAGCACCACAGUAGUUACUCAAGGAGCACCCUCUUCAUCAAUUGAUGACUCCAGCCUGGAUCCUGAGUUAGUGGCUCAGGCUGCACACUGGACUGAGCACAAGGCCCCUAAUGGGAAGAACUACUACUAUAACUCCAAGACACAAGAGAGUGUUUGGGACAAGCCUCAAGCCAUGAAGGAUUUAGAGGCUGCAAGAUUAGCUUUGGCUCAAGGCAUCAGUUUGUCAGUAACUACUGGGCCAGGAGCUCCUGGUACUGAAACAGAUAACUCUCAGGAGGGCAGCAGUACCAAGGUAAAUGGGGAUGACUCUGCUUCUCCGGACAACAAGCAGACAUCAAUGGAGGUGGACAAUGAUGACUCAAAGGAUGGUGAAAUGGAGGAUCAAAAAGUCCAACAGGAUCUGAGUCGACCUGUCUCCUCACAGCCAGUGUCAGGCACCCCUUGGUGUGUGGUGUGGACUGGGGAUGGCAGGGUAUUCUUCUAUAACCCAACAACAAAAACAUCUGUCUGGGAGAAACCUCCUGAUUUGCUUGAUCGGGCAGAUGUUGAGAAGAUGGUGACUACUCCCCCAGCUGAGGUGGUGGGCUUGAAGAAUAAAGCUGAGGAGCCUUCUAAGGAUGAGCCGCUCACAAAGAAACCUCGUACUGAAACGCCCAUAACAACUGCAAGCCCUGCUUCCACUAUUCUGAGUCAUGUUAAAGAUGAAGUAAAGAGGAUAGACAUUGGGAAGGAGGCAGCCAUAGAAGCUGAAGUGAAGGCAGCCCGAGAGCGAGCCAUUGUCCCUCUGGAAAUUCGUAUGAAGCAGUUCCGGGAUUUAUUGGCAGAAAAAGGAGUUUCUGCAUUCAGUUCAUGGGAGAAGGAGCUGUCAAAGAUAGUUUUUGAUUCUCGCUAUCUUCUGCUCACUUCCCGUGAGAGGAAACAAGUAUUCGAAAAGUAUGUAAAAGAGCGUGCUGAGGAGGAGCGCCGUGAGAAGAGGAAUAAACUGAAGGAGCGUAAAGAAGACUUUCGCAAACUGCUGGAAGAGGCCGGACUGAAUGGAAAGUCAUCCUUCAGUGACUUUGCAGCCAAGUACAGCAAGGACGACCGUUUCCGCAACAUUGAGAAGAUGCGGGAGAGGGAGAGCCUCUUUGAUGAGUUCCUACUGGAGGUGCGCCGUCGAGAGAAAGAGGAAAAGGCUGCCAAGCGUGAACAGAUAAAGAAGGACUUCUUUACAAUGCUGAAAGAAGCUGACAUUGAUCGCCACAGUCGGUGGUCAGAUGUGAAGCGUAAAGUGGAUGGUGACCCCAGGUACAAGUUAGUUGAGUCUGGGGUGCAGCGAGAAGACUGGUUCAGGGACUAUAUGAUCAAGAUCAAGGAAGAACGAAGACGUUCCCGAGACCGGUCCAGGACACGAGACCGUGACAGGGAGAGGGACAGGGACAGGGAAAGGGAACGGGAGAGAGAAAGGAGUGACCGCGACCGAGAUCGCCUAGAGAGAGAGCGGGAAAGAGAACGUGGAGAAAAGGAGAGAGAGAGGAGAAGCAGAGAGUCACGAGAUCGUAGCAAGGAAAGAGAGAGGGCUGACCGAAAGGAGAAGAAAAAGGAAAAGAAAGACAAGGAAAGAGAGAAGGAAAAGGAAAGGGAAAGAGACCGAGAAGAGAAGAAAGAAAAAGAAAAGGAUAAGGAAAAAGAACGAGAAGAUCUUGAAACUGUUCCAGAAGAAGGAGAAGAUGUGGAGGACAACCAUAAGAGUGAGGUCAGGGGAGUCAAAUUGUCAAGCAUGGGUGAGGAUACAGGAAGUGAAGGUCCAGAUGAGGAGCGUGAGGAUGGAGAAGCAAAUGAAGCAGCUGAGGAAGAGGAGCGUGAAAGACAGAGAAGGAUUGAAGAGUCUUUGAGAAAGAGGGAGGAAGAGGUUCAAAGGGCAUUGGCUGGGCACCUCCGUGAUCGUGACAAGGAGCGCAUGCAACACAAGCAUGAUGAGGCUGUCCACAAUUUCAAUGCAUUAUUAGCAGACUUGGUUCGAAGCACUGAUUACACAUGGAAAGAAGCCAAAAAGUCAUUGAAGAAGGACUCACGAUGGGAGUCUGCUGGAGCCUUGGAACGAGAAGAAAAAGAGAAGUUAUUCAACAGCCAUGUUGAAAACCUCACAAAGAGGAAACGAGAAAAGUUUAGGGAACUGCUGGAAGAACUGCCAGAUUUGCACUUGGACUCAAAUUGGAAGGAUCUGAAGAAGGAGUUGAAAGAUGACCCUCGCUACACCAAAUUUUCAUCUUCAGACAAGAAAUGUGAGAGGGAGUUUCGAGAAUACUUGAAAGACAAGCUAGUGGCUGCCAAAGCUGACUUCAGAGAACUACUAAAGGAAACCAAAAGCAUCACACAUCGGUCUCUUAAGUUAUGCAGUGAAGCGGAGCAGCACAUGCGUGACAUUGUGGAAGUGUUGCGUAAGGAUCGCCGCUAUCUGGUGCUAGAAUGUCAACCUGAUGAAAGAUCAAAGAUCUUGAUGGCAUACAUGGAGGAGCUAGAGAAAAGAGGACCUCCUCCUCCUCCUACUGCAUCAGAACCAACUAGACGCAAGUGAUUCUUUAAAUCACUUGCAGCUUGUCAUAAUGCUGUUGUCAUUUUUUUUUUUUUUUUUUUAAAUAGUGAUAAAGGCCUUUUUCAGUUUUUUUUCAGGUUCCCCAAUAAAUGUUGUUAUUGGCUGGCAUAUUAUAAGGUAUAGUAUCAUGUGGGAGUGGAUGUAAUUAGGCCUUUUCUUAUUUUUGUUAUUUCAUUAAGUGAUAUUAAUAUUAUAGUAGUAUACAGUUUUGAUGAUUACUGUAGCCUCUCCAUUUUGGGAAGUGGGCAGAAAAGCUUUUUUCUGUAUUAGGAUAUACAAAUAAAAGUAUUUUGGACAGUGUAUGGAAGCUGUCAGUCAAUUGACACAUUGUACUAAAGGUUAUUUAUGGCUGUAUUUUUAAAGCUGUUUGAAGACACACACUUAUUAAUUUAAAAAAAGUUGGUGUCCAUGUUGUAAUUUUAAAAAAUAAAUGUUAGCCUUAU